AUGGUUAUUGUAGCUGUCGCGGGCGGUACGGGAGAUUUGGGCCGUAUCCUCGCCCAGGCUGUAAUUGACACUGGCAAACACGAGGUGUACAUUUUAUCGCGCAAGCCCCCUGUCGACCAAAAUGAACGAAUCAUCCAGACAGAUUACACGGAAGAAUCAUUGGCCCACAUUCUAUCGGAGAAGGGCGUCGAGGUGGUCAUCUGCGCACUGAUCAUGGACAGCGACUCUGCUUGCGAAGCCCAGUUGCGUUUGAUCCGCGCCGCUGAUCAGUGCCCAUCUGUCAAGCGCUUCAUCCCCUCCGAGUUCAACGUGGAAUACGACGUCGGCGAUGAAGUCCUGCCGUAUCCAGAGAAGAGGUUCCAUCAGAUCGCGCGACGAGCACUCGAGCGGACGAAUUCAGUCGAAUAUGCCUACUUCUACCCUGGCAUGUUCAUGGACUACUUUGGGAUGCCGCGCGUCUCAACAUGUCUCCGCCCGCUGUAUUUCUUCUUUGACCCUGUGCACGGCCGAGCGAUCCUUCCGGGGGAUGGUGAGGGGAAAAUGAGCAUGACCCUUACGACGGAUGCAGCAAGAUACCUGGCCCUAGCCCUGGACCUGCCCAGGUGGCCUCGCGUUCUCAAGGCUGUGGCGAGUACUGUCUCGCUCAAAGAGCUCGCCGCGCUCGUGGGCAAGAGUCAAGAUCGUCCUCUGAAGGUAACGUUCCAGCCUGUGGAAGACCUUCUCCGCCACGACAGCAUAUCGCUACCCUCGAACAUGCAUCUCGCAAAGGACUAUCCCGAACGAUUCCCAGGGGGCGCAGAGCAAGUGCGCGCCUUGGUCGCCGAUCUGGAGGCAGGUGUGGCACUGGGCGCUUAUGACUUGAGCGAGAUUGGGGGUGAGCACUUGGACCUGGUCGAGUGGUUCGAGGGUCUGCAUCCGCCUCCACAACAGAUUGGGGACUUUCUGGAGAAAACGUGGCGAUCCUAG